AUGGGUGCCACAGCCUGUAAUGGAUCAGAGAACUCCUCACCAGUCUUCUACCUGGUAGGAAUCCCCUCUCUGCCAGAGUCCCUCUUCCUCCCUGUCUUCUGGAUUUUCCUCUUAAUCUACCUGCUUGUUCUGGUGGGCAAUGCCCUGAUCCUGGUGGCUGUGGUGGCAGAGCCCAGACUCCACAAGCCCAUGUACUUCUUCCUGAUUAACCUCUCAGCCCUGGAUAUCCUCUCCACCACAACCACUGUCCCCAAGAUGCUGUCCCUAUUCCUACUGGGAGACCACUUGUUCAGCUUUCCUGCCUGCUUCCUGCAGAUGUACCUGUUCCAUGGUCUCAACUGCUCAGAAGCCUUCAUCCUGGUGGUCAUGGCCUACGACCGCUAUGUGGCCAUCUGCCGCCCACUGCACUAUACUGUCCUCAUGACCCCACAGACCAACGCUGCAUUGGCAGCCAGUGCCUGGCUCACUGCCCUCCUCCUGCCCAUCCCAGCAGUGGCACAGACCUCCCAGAUGGCAUUUGGUCCUAGGGCCCGGGUCUACCACUGCUUCUGUGACCACUUGGCUGUGGUCCAGGCCUCCUGCUCCGACACCACCUACGUGGCCUACAGAGCUGAGCUGUCCCUCGACUUCCACAUCAUGGGCAAUGUGGUGUUUGCCAUUCUCACACCGGUUCUCAACCCUCUCAUCUACACACUGAGGAACAAGGAUGUCAAAGCAGCCAUCACCAAAAUCACAUGUCCCCAGGAUGGAGGGCAUUCUGGGGGACCUUGA